CAGCAGAUUUUUUUUUCCAGCUCGCUGCGUGGAACUUUUUCUCAGCGGCCCCUUGGAACUUCUGUCUCCAAUCCUUCGAAGUUUGAUGUGAAAUUAAAGCCUAUGUUGCUAUAAUGGGAAAGAAGCGCACAAAAGGAAAAAAUAUUCCUGCAGAUGUCUCACCAGAUGUUCUGGGACCAACAUGCAAGCACCUUCGCAAAGGAUUGGAACAAGGUCUUCUGAAAAAAGCGUUGCAGGCUGUGGACUUGAAUUCCUGCCAGGAUUGCCAGAUAGAUGACAAUAAGACAGAUGAAAAAUCUGAUAAGAGGGCAGAAGACAAACCAACAAUAUGGUUAUGUUUAAAAUGUGGCCACAGGGGUUGUGGCAGAAAUUGUCAAGAGCAGCAUGCCUUAAAACACUAUGAAACGCCAAGAUCAGAACUUCACUGUUUGGUUCUUAAUGUGGAAAACUGGUCUGUUUGGUGCUAUUUGUGUGAUGAUGAAAUACAGUAUAAUUCGUCUACUCGACUGGGCCAGCUUGUGGAUUUUAUUAGAAAACAAACUUGUGUGAACAUUCCAAAUACAGCUUCUAAAAAUGAAGAAAACAAACCUUUGGAAAACAAAAAACUUAAAGACCACAAAAAUGAGGAAGAGAAGGAGAAGAAGGAAAACUUGUUCAAAGAUAAUAAAAACCAAUUAAAUGGCAAUUCAGAAAUGACGGUGAAAGGUCUUAGCAACCUAGGAAAUACAUGUUUUUUUAAUGCGGUUUUGCAGAAUCUAUCACAAACAUCAGUUUUGAGAGAGUUGCUGAAAGAAGUAAAAAUGCCUGAUUCAACAAUUACACUUGAGCCACCAGAAUUCUCAAUAACGGAACCUUUGGAAGUCAUGCUUGAUCCUCCAAGACCUCUAACUCUAGCAAUGUGCCAGUUUUUGGCAGAAAUGCAGGAGACAAAAAAAGGAUCUGUGAUCCCUAGAGAACUUUUCUCUCAGAUUUGUAAAAAAGCAACACGAUUCAAAGGGUAUCAGCAGCAGGACAGCCAAGAGUUGCUUAGAUAUCUAUUGGAUGGGAUGAGAACUGAAGAAAUCCAA